GGUAGUUGGCGUUUCAAACAUCGGUCGCCAGUUUUGAGCAAGGGACUCCAAGCUUUGAGUCUACACCAUAAGAUAUGAAGCUAUCAUAAAAAAAAGGAUUUCAUGUACUCGAGGUGUCGGGACAGGCCUAUUAGAAGAUAAUGGGUCUGUCAACAAGUGGAGAGCAUUCAAAGAGCACAGAGGGCUUCUGUCUUAGGCACCUGGUCGGGAUCAGGGCAAGAAAUCUUUUCCCGGAGAGGAUAAAACCGUUCGCGGACCAUCGAUUUGGAGUGUACUUCACACUGAUAAAACCGGGAGUCAAUUGGCCAGCUGCACGCGGCUGCACGGGGGUUGACUUUGCAGAGAGCUCUGUGAAUAUUUGUCAGCAUGGCUUGUCUGACAGGGGUGACGCAGGGAGGGAGAGCAACUCAAACGGGGAGCUUGAACGGGCGAAGGGAGGGGACUACGUUCCAUGGAAAGAAUGGGGUUCGGAGGGUGAGAGAAGGGAGGCGGCCGGUUCUUUACCGGAAGGGAUGACGACUGCGAAGAGAUGUGGUGCAGCCGUCGAUGCGGGUCAUUGUGGCCGCCAAGCGUCGUGCGCAGACUGUUCUUGGAGUGAUCAGAUCCUGUACUCGAGCGAGAUCUUAGAGGGAACCCUCAAUCCUGAUUGGCAAGCGAUCGACAAGAGCUUGCUGCCCCAGCAUGCCCUAAACGGCAUCAGAUAUGUGCAGCUGAGGACGUGGGUUGUGGACUUGGACGAAGCCGAGAGACUGAUUAAGGUUGGUGGGGAGGAGGACCUCAUUGAUGCAUACGGUGAUAGGCAGACAAGCAACAAGUACGCACAAUCAGAAAAGAAUGUUCUGCGGAAGAUGCGGAAACCAACAGCGGGUCCAAGGUGGAGUUGGAGGAGUGUACAGAGUGGAAGACAUGUUGUGGGUGCAGGAGAGAGAUGUCGGUGCAUGACAUCUGAAGGGAAGCUCGUUCCAACGCUGGGUACUCAAGCUCAAGGACAAGGAGUGUGUGCGGUUUCUUCUCCGUCCGGCAACGGCGACAGUUCGUCUUCAAGUGGUUCUUCACGGGAUUCGGCGCGCGAGUUCAACAUAGAGGCAUUGGACCCGCUCACGUCUGAGGACUUUGCAUGGCUUCCUCUCUCGACCACCGGYCGAUUGCCGGGACCRCAAUGCGCAGCACUUAGCGCUAAUCUUCACACUUACCUAUCCUUCUAYGCACCACCAACUUCGCCRACGGAUGACGAAGUCGCGGUGGGGGACAUCUUGGCGUAUACUACCAAGGUGGCCCGCGAGUUUCGCACRCAGCGGUACGAUGACAACAACGCACCGCUGAUGUAUGUCCGCAUUCAGGUUGGGCAAGCGUCCUGCAGCGCUUUGCUGGAUAGCGGCGCGACUCGCAACUUCAURAGCCAAUCCUUUAUGCAAAGGGCUGGCCUUGGCGCACAGGUUCGGAGGAAGGCAAACCCGACGGCGAUCAAGUUGGCGGACGGUAAGACACAGCAACUUCUCGACCGUUACAUCGAGGCCGUACCGGUCUACUUCGCACCUCAUGCAUGUGAACCGGUCACGUUCGAUAUUCUCGACACGGACUUCGACAUCAUUCUGGGAAUGCCUUGGCUUGCAAGUGCGGAUCACACGGUCAACUUCCAUCGGCGGACUCUUAGCGUUCGCGACGCCUUCGGCGCGGAAGUGGCGUGUACUGUUCCUCUACCGCACUCUUCGAUCCGGUGCCAAGUGGUAACGGCCAAAUCAUUCCGGGCGACUUGUGCCUACGAGCAGCCCGAUGAGAUCGGCCUAUGUUUCCUACAGACCGUCGCGGUAGCCGACUCUUCCCCCACGAACUUGUCUUCGGACCCCCGUGUGGUGCCGGAUCGGCCGAUCUCUCACGAGAUCAUUCUUGAGGCCGGUGCUGUACCGCCGAAAGGUUGCAUCUGUCGGAUGAGCGAGGAGGAGCUUGAGGUACUCCGCGCACAACUCGAUGAUUUGUUGGCCAAAGGCUGGAUCCGCCCGAGCAGCUCCCCAUAUGGAGCACCUGUUCUCUUCGUCAGGAAGAAGAACAAGGAUCUACGAUUGUGURUCGACUACCGCAAGCUCAACGCGCAAACCAUCAAGAAUGCGGGGCCUCUUCCUCGCAUCGACAAUCUUCUCGAGCGACUGGGCGGCGCGAAGUAUUUUUCCAAGUUGGAUUUGAAAUCGGGAUAUCAUCAAAUCUCGAUCCAACCGCACGAUCGCUACAAGACCGCGUUCAAGACACGGUACGGRCAUUUUGAGUGGGUGGUCAUGCCUUUUGGCCUCACCAACGCCCCGGCGACGUUUCAGGCGGCGAUGACCAACGAGUUCCGUGCAAUGUUGGACCGGUUCGUGCUGGUCUACUUAGACGAUAUUCUCGUCUACAACCGGUCAUUGGAGGAUCAUCUGGGGCACCUUCGACGAGUGUUGGAGACGCUCCGCCGCGCYAAGUACAAGGCCAACCGCGACAAGUGUGAAUUUGCCCGACAGGAGCUGGAAUACUUGGGCCAUUUUGUCACAUUGGAGGGCAUCAGUCCGCUAUCGGACAAGAUUCAGGCCGUCCAGGAGUGGCCGGAGCCUCGGAACGUCACGGAAGAUUCUAGGGGGAACAUCUCGUUGAUUGCGAGGAAGAACCAAGGUGAUGGUGGGAGUGAGAGCCAGAGACGGGUAGGCAUUUGGCAGGUGGAAGAUACUCCAAAGCAGUGGUCCGUUCCUGAUGUGUAUGGAUCUUGCGGACCCACGUCUUCUGGCGAUUCCCGAUUGGACAACAGCUCUGGAGGGUGGAUGAGGGAUCAGCCAGCUACGGGACGGACCAAAAAUAAUUUUCGUAACUGUGAUCAGAGGCAGCGGUAUGGUGGUGAGGCGACGGCAAAUCCGCGUGACUUGAAUUGUGAGUCAGAUUGUCAGCAGGAUGGAAGAGGGAGCAGUGACAGCAGCAGGGAUUACGGUGGGGAGAUGCAUGCUGGAGGUGAAAGUGAAACAGCUCUGCACAGAACAAAGAAUGAAAGGCGUGGAGAGGAAGAGAAGGCUGUCUGUUGUGUGAAUCGGAAUCAGAAUGGUGACCUGGCCUGUCUAUCGGAGGAUCGCCCGGUGGGUUACGAUAUGAGAACAGACAAGGAAGCUGUCCGCACAGCAGACGGAGGGAGAAGUGGAGGGGUAGAAGACGAGGAUGGGUGGAGCAGGCAUCAGCCUUUUGAACAAGCUAGGAGAAAGAGAGGGCACCAUGUGUGCUGCAAAGAAGGGUUAGGGUUUCGGUUUUCUGACGACCUGGGGCAAAGCGCCAUUGUAGUUGACGAUGGGUUGCUGGAGCGGAUUAGGAAGAUGGAAGAAUUAGUUGUGUCUGUUGUUGUGGAUUUGAACUUGCUGGUUCCCUGCAGUUCAGGGCCCCAGGGGAUAGUUUUUUUAAGCAGUCAUGUGUUAGCGAAUAGCAUUUUUUUUCAGUUACCCAGUGGUUGGUAUACGUUGCCGGAGAGUUGUAGUAGGAGUAUUGUAGAUGGGGGGGGCUCAGGAAAAUCGUCAUUGAUUGGACCGGCGUUGAUGACAGACCAAUUUGGGGUGGCUUGUAAAGUUGGUGAGCAUAGUGCCAUGCAACAGUAUUCCUUGCAGGGUGUGCAGGGUGUAGAUCCAAGUGCCGAUUCCAUGGACGAAGAGGCAGAUUCCAACGAGCGUCUGGAUAAUGGAGGAAAAGCGGGUGAGGAGAAGGGGAGCAGUGCCCAAGCACGUAAAACGAAGAAGAAAAUCAAUGAGGUCGUGCUGCGGAAAGGGUUGAUGGCAUUGGCAACGCGAAGACUGUUACUGACAAGAACUUGCACCAUGAGGGAUGUGCUGGCAGAGCGACUCGACAAGGCAAUGGAGACUAGGGCCCGAAUGAGGCAAAAGGCAGAAGCUCUUGAAGAGCAGAGGAUGAGAGUGAUGAAGCUGAAAGCGGCUGCACAUUCAGCAUGGGUGAAGAAUGAAAUGCUCUCAUUGCAGAUAUCAGAAACUCAGGAUGGCGUUGUCCAGCGUAUCCAGCAUCUGACAGCUCUGGUGAAGGCUGUAAGCGACGCCAGAGGACGCCUGCAGGAAGCUGGCAACCUGCUUGCAGGUGAGGGAGGAUAUGGCCAUCUGACGUACCUCGGGAGGGCAUUGUGGUCUCGCCGCUCACGUAUGAUUGCUCAGCUUCUCUCCAUUUAUCCUUUGUCAGCGACUACCAAUGGCAGAGGUGGAAUCCCACAAGUAGCCUCCUGGUUGUCUCCGCCAUCAAGACCACAUUCACCCACCCCGCCGAGUCCUUCGUUAUGUGCUUCUGCUUCCAUGCCAUCUUCCCCAGCACCUUUGUCACCGACAUCGCAGUCGACAUCAUACCUCUCACUUUCUCCCACCUCCUCUACGUCGUCCUUCUAUUCCCCUCCUCUUCCUAAUGACGCGUUUCCCGGGCAGCCUUUUGUAUUGCCUCCUGUAGUGUCUGCUUCCACAAGUCCGAUGGGCAGCAUGAGUGCGAGAGGUGGUCGACACACAAGGAGUGCGAGCGACAGCAAUCUUGCAUUCUUGUCCUCAAGGUCGGUUCUUGAUCUUGACAAUGGAGCGGAGCAAACUGGCGAAACCAACCAGGAUGGACAGCUCGGCAGCAAUGCUCGGGCAGGGUUACCGACGACACAAGUGACGGCUUCUGAGGGCAGACAUGAAAUUGCCAUUCACAGUGCACUUCUGGCGUCGAUGGCCAGGUUUGACCUGGGCAGAGGGCUUGCAACGGCGCAUAUGGCCAAACUGGGUGACUUGUCAGUGCCGUCAGAAGGGCAGAGGGAGAGUUCUUCAGUGCUGGAAGAGGGGCAAGGAGGUAAGAGCACAACCCUCCAGGCAGGGAUGGCAGCUAUGAUUGCAGGGCUGCAAUUGCUAGUGCCAUCCCGAAGGACACUGGGAACACCUUCAGAGAAGCAGGAGAACGAACAGUCUGCGACAGCGAUCGGGUAUGCAGCCCAUGUUGUGUCCUUGCUCGGCACGUACUUGGAUGUGCGUUUGAGGUACCCUAUCCGUCUGAUGGGGUCUCGCUCAUCCAUAUGGGAUCCUUUUCCUACUGUCGAUUGCAGUCUGGGCUCGUCAGCGUCUGUUUACCUCUCAGGGGCUGCAGGUGAUGGACAUAUCGGAGGAUGGGGCCAAGGGAACACUGCAGGAGGAGGGGUCGAGUUUCCACUCUAUAACGGUGGCAAGGAGCCGACCCGCUUUGCAUACGCUGUGUUUCUUCUUAACAAGGACAUUGAGCAAAUAAUGAAUGCUUACGGUAUGGCGUCCCUGGGACCGAGACAUGUUGUGCAGAAUCUACAGAAGCUGGUUUCUUCGUUCUGCGCAGGCUGCUGCACUCUUCCUUAAAGCUUAAGGUACCUUGCCGAGUGUUGGAAGAAGCAAAGACCUCUUAGGGUAAAGUGCUCAUGUGACACAUUGUUAGAUGGGCGCCUCUUGAUCACCCUCGCUAGACAAGUCUUUGAAAG